GAAGGGUCGCGGGGAAGAACGAUCAAUGUCAAUUUUGUGACAAAAUGAGAUUGUCAUGCCAUCUAGUAGCUUGUUCCAGUACCAAUCGCAACGUGAAUCGAAACCGGGAAAAAAGAUCAUACUAUUGGAGAAAAUGAAGGAAGAAAAAACCCUGCGACGGCAAAGAAAGAUCAUUGUCCGCGCGGUGACUGGGAAAAGGGAUCAACGUCAAAGUUUAAAGUCCACUCUGUUCCUUUCCACCGCGGUCAUUUCAUUGUUUUGUUUCGUGCUGAUAAACAUUUUUGUUGCGUAGUUCCUCAAUAAACGUUAUUUUGCAUACGAAAUGGAUGAUUUUAGUGAAGUUGAGUGUAGUGACAGUAGUGAGGGUAGGGUCGUGAAUACUGCUGGUACUAAAAAACGAAAAAUUACCUGAAGAAUGAGUGAGGUGAUGAAAAAAAUUAAAGCUUGUUCCUACGAAAUGGGUGACGACUGCCGAUGUAAGAGGUACAAGUGUUUUGAAUCUGUUUCCCUGGAAGAAAGAAAACGAAUCUUGAAGGAUUUUAAUAAUUUAUGUGAUUACAACCGUCAAAAUGAAUAUUUAGGGGGUUUGAUAACGAUUGUCCCUGUCAAGCAACGGAGAAAUACCAAAGACGACGAUGAGGCAAACUUUCAUACUGCCUCCUACACCUAUCGUGUUCGAUGUUACGUUGAAGGUAAGCUGCAAGAUGUUCACGUUUGCUACAAAGCAUUUUUAGCUAUACACGGCAUCUCUAACCGACGUGUACAAACAUUGAAACGGAAAUUGACUUUUUCUGGUGUUGUUGGUGACGAUAAAAGAGGCAAACAUGAUAACCGACCUCAUAAAUUGAGUGUCGAAACCAAAACUGAAGUUUUUGACUACAUAAAGGCUUUAAAAGGACGAAAAUCCCACUACUCACCUAAAGACAGUUCAAAAGUAUACCUUCCUGAAGAAUUGAACAUUAAAAAACUACACAGAAUGUAUAUUUAUUAUAUUAUGAGCGAGAAUCCUGAUAACCUUGUUGGUUAUACAACAUUUCGUGAAAUUUUUGAGCAAAAUUUCAACAUAUCGUUUGGCUACCCUCGCAAAGACACGUGUAGCACAUGCGACCUACAGAAGUCAGAAAUAAGCCUCCUUGAACGCCAAAUUGCCACUUGCACUGAAAUUGAAACAAUCAUGAGACUGAAGAAAAGGAGCUGA